GCCACGCCCCGGGCCAGCCCCCGGGUCUCGCCCCCCACCACCACCUUAGGCUGCACCCCCGACGCUGUGGGGCUCCCACCUCCCGGCUCAGCUCGGGGGCGCUCAGGCCUCCCUCCCCAGGGCCCCCUGGAAUCCCCGCCCCAUCCAAGCCUCGGCUUCCUCCCAGGCUGGGCCGCGGGCGGGGGACCCUGCGCCCGGGGGGGGGGGGGGUUCGCGGACCAGGCAGGCGACCUCCCCGAACUUCCCUUUCCCCCUGUGGCUCCGCGCCCCGCGAAGCCAGAUAGAGCCGGUGCCCCUCCUCUCAGGCGCCCAGCACUGGACCACCGCUGUGGGGUGGACGCCAGUCCCGGGGCACCCCCCAUCCCACACCGUCCGCCCCUGGCCCACGGGGUCGGCGGAUCCCAGCUGUUCCCUAGUAAGUGCUUGGAGCCCCAUUUUCGCAUCUGUCACACAGAAGGAGCUAGCUCAAGUUUAAGGCUGUGCCAGGGAGUGUGGCUGCUGGUGGCGGCCAACCAGCGGGGACCACAGGAACACUUUCCACCCAGGAGACUUUGAAAUGACACUCCAAGUCUCCUGGGGUACAGGAGGCUGACGCGUUGGCGACCUUGGGCCCAUGGGGACGGAGAGCAGAGUGAGCAUCCAGCAUGAGUGAGGGUCACCGGCUCCCAGGUAACGGGCAGUUCGCAGGACAGCGUGGGCCUCCUGGCUGGGUCCACCACCUGACUACCCCUUCUGAGAUGCCACGUCCACCAGGACCUUCUGCAUUCCCUUUGGGGUGCUGAGAAACCACACCCCACGUGUCCCCUGUGAAAAGAGCCCUGGCACUCACAGAAGCUGGGCGGGUGCCCACCCCUGCUUGCGGCUCCCAGCUCCACCUCCCUCACUCCAAACUGCUGAAGAAACGGCUGUGGAAGCACGCGUCCGUGAGAAGGCUCCCAGUUCCUUGCAUUGUUGCAAGGCACAGCUUCGGAUCCUAUCACGCCCUGCAGCGUGCUCAGAGGGGCCUCCAGGGCUGUCCCCAGUCCUGCCCAGCCAGCUGCAGCUCCCAGGGGACACACUGCGCCUUUCUUGAGCUGCUGUCUGGAGAUGGACUCAGAGGAGGGCUGUCUGCUCAGUGUGUCUGCUGCUGGUCCCAUCUCCAUUUUCCCUGUGCAUCCAGACACAGGUGCCAGGCUCUGCCUUGAUCUCCAGAAAUGACCCUGGACACCUGGAGAGGCUUUGGAGGGCAGUGGCCACAGGGUGGGUGAAGGACUGGUCUCCCGCUCCUGCUUGGGGCCAGAUCUGGGGCACCAGGCUGCUGAUGAAGCCAUUCUCAAGUCCUGGGAACCCACCACUGGACUCCAGGCCAUGCCACCCGCCGAACGGACAGGACCAGGGCAGGGCCUUUACCUGGGAUGUGUUCAGGCUCCCAGAAAAAUAAACACAUUAACCGCUUGGCCAGCCCAGUCUGUGAACAGAGGCGGAAAUAGGCUGCAGAGGCCGGACCCCAGCCCAGCCUGGCGUGACUCACCUGCAGCCCCCACCCAGGGCAGGUGUUGGGCAUGGGGGUUGGGUGGUGUCUGUUGCAGGGGUGGGGGUUGGGGGUGUCUGCACUGGGCGUAUCUUGGGGAGACUGGGGGUUUCUGGGGCAUUGGGGGUGUUUGGAGGGAGAUUGGAGGUAGGUAUCUGGAGUUGGGAGUGUCUGGGGGUCAGGGUGCCUGGGGGAGGCUGAGGGUGUCUGGGGUGGGGGUCAGCACUGCAGCCAGAGCAUUCACAGCCCCAGGUCCGUGGGAUCGCUGGGCAGGUGUGCCCAGAAUCUGCUCCAGUUGGGGAAAAGGAAGCAGCAGAAAGCAGAGCCUGAGCAGCCUGGCUGAUUCCAACCCCGGCACCUCUCUGGACCGGUCUCCUGUCUGGGAAGUGGGUGCGGUGAAGCCCCCUGACUGCUCUUGGAGGUAUAAAAGUUCCUCCCUCUUGCCCCAGCCUCCACCCCCACCCCAUCCCCGCAGCUCAGCCUUUUGGCCUGGAGGCUGGACAGGAAGCAGCCCCAAGCAUGCAGGCUCCUCUGCCCCACCUGCUGUCCCCCAGGCCCUGGUCCGGCCCCACAUAUGCUUUUCCUCCCCUCGCUCCACUACUCCUGCCCUCCACCCCAUGGACGCCGCAGGCGCUGUGGGACUCCAUUCUUCCCAAGCUGUAGGGCCCUGGGGGGUGAGACUGGAGCAGGUUUGGGAGGGGCACAAAUUAGGUUGGGACUGGUGCUUGCUGGCCUCUCUCCUCCCACAGGGUCCUCCUGGACCUGGGCCCUCCAGGUCCCCCUGCCUUGGUCCCUGUGGUCCCUGCUCCUGCAGGCCCCCCAGUUCAGGUACCAGUAGACAGCUCCUCUGCUGCCUGAGGUCUUGGCCUUCCUCCCUGUGCCCCAGACCCAGAGGCAGUGGCUGUGGAACGUGGCUGUGGAACGUGACCCUUCUCCCUUGCCUGCAACUGUUUGCCCCCUCCGCCCACCACCACCCUGGCGGAGGGAGCUGUUGCUAAGGAGCGGUGGGACAUCCAGGAGGGUCCUCAGACACCACCUGUGGCGGGCAGGGGCUGGGGGCCCAUCCCCUACCCCGGCCUGGCCCUGCACAUCCUAGCUGCCUGAGGGACGUGGAGUCCCAGCAGAAACUGGGGGCUCCAGGACCUCUGCUGGCAGUGGGCUGCUCCCAUGGCCUGUGCUUGGCCCAAGGAUGGCCAAGCCACGCCUACACCUGGACCUGUCCUUCAGGUGAGGCUCGGCCAUCCCGACCAGUUGGCUGAGCCUGACUGCGCACAGAGUCUCGCGCCGGCAGGGGACCCCUGGGAAAGGCAUGCUGCCCCCUGCUCCCUGUCAGGCCCCCCAACCCCAACCCCCAAAUGCAGUGGCCACUUCUCAGGCCCCAGCCCAUGGGGAUCCUCUGCCUGGCUCUCCCCCUGCAGCUCUGAGGGUCCCCCCUGCCUCUCGACCUCUGCUCUUCCAUGCCAGCUAGGGUGUGGCCUUGUCUACUCUCAGGCCCCGCAAGACCCUCCUCGUGCUUGCGACCCUGAGAAGCACUGGAGCUCAGGCUCCCCGGGACCCCACACCUCUCGGCUCGGGCAGAACUCCGUCUGUGACCCCGCUUGAUCCCGCUGAUGCCCUCCGCACGUCAGGCUUCCCUCUGGGUCCCUCUCUCUCCUUUGUGCCGACAGCCAGACCUAGGCAAAUGCUGGGCUUAUAUUGCCUGGGCCACGGCCCGCCAAGGCUGGUAGAGCCUCCACCUACCCCAGUGCCUGGGACAGUGCCUGGAACAGAGCAGGUGCUCCAUGAAUGCAGGUAAGGAAGGGAGAUAGCGCCCCCACAAACCAGUGGAGCCACCAGCCCUGUCCCUCCCUGGUCCAGUCUCUGCCCACGCAGUGGCCGAAGGGAACCUCCCACCAAACCACCCACUGCUAUGGUCCGGUGUCCUGGCUGGGCCUCCGCCCUCUCUGCCUCAGCCACCACUCAUGUCUCAUCCGCCCAGGAGGGCUGCCUGAUGGCCUGGCUGAUGGAGCCCCCAACACCGAGUACCUGACCCUAUACUCAGCUGGGCUCCGUGUCCCUGCUGAGUGCAGCACGGGUGCGAGCCCACCUUGUUCCUUGAUCCUGCUGUCCAGGAUCAAGCUCGGCUGACCUGACGUCACAGCCCCUGCAAGUCCCCCUAAUCUCAGUGUGGAGCAUUCCGGGCCCAGGGGACAGAGGACAUGGAGGUACCGUGAAGAGUGACACCAGGUGAAGGACAGGUACCCAGUCUUCUGCAGGCCAGAGUGGAGGGCAGGAGGGCGGCAGCCAGGCCUUGGCCUGGGGCUGAGCCAGUGGGGCUGGGCUGUGUGCCAAGCAUGAGCGCUCCUCCAGCCUGCGGGGAGGGGAAGGCCUUGCCCCACCUUCCUGCUCCGACCGCAGUCCCCCCUCCUUGGUGAGUCAGCACUGAGAGCUAGGCAGAACCACUUGGGGGGCUGGGAGAGGAGUGGGAGGCGGUCGGGGAC